GAUUUUAACCUGACAUAGCAAUAAAACAAAUAAACUGGUAAUGAAACUAAUUUCGGUAUCCUUAGCUGGAGCAAUACUCUUCAAGCGUGAAAUGACCGAGUCUGAGCAAAGAGAAUCUGCAGCGCGGUGCGCCGAAAGUGCGACGAGCGCGGAAAGUUCACGUAAAAAUGAAGCAAAAUACAUACACCAAGAACAACGUGGUGAAGCGCAGAAUGAAGUAAUAGCAACAGCAACUCAUUAUGAUAACAACAUAUACGUAACAACAACAACUGUGAAAAACAAUGUUGAAAUUAAUGAGAACCAAAAUGAGAAAAAUAAUGACAAUGAAAAUGUAAAGUGGCCAAAGGUUGUUGACAGCGAAAUUACACCAACAACAACAAUAUCACCAGAGUCAGCAAUAGCACUGUUUACAAAAAUACCGCCAAAGAGUGCAACAGCAACAGCAGCGAACGAAGAAGAGCGCAAAGAGGCCAACGAAGCUACCAAAUGCGAGACGGAGCCACCACUGGUGGAUGUGACAGCCGCGUUGCAGCAGAAGUUAAUUUAUGAAUUUGCAAUUAAAUACAAACUUAUACCGCACGUGACGUUUUUCACGUGUCGUUGGCUGAGCAGUGGCUCGCACGGGGUGGAUGGCAAUUUCGGUGAACAAAUGACAUACUUAAAUAUGCAGACGCUGGAAAUAAUGGAACGCAUGUAUGGCAGCAGAAGUAGCAGCAAUCUGGCAGUGGAUAAAAAGAGGUCAGAAACUGGGGCAUCAAAGGCAAAAAAAGCCACUACUGAGGAAUCAGUGCCAGCAGAGACAACACGAAAAACGACACGUGCCAGCGGAAAUUCCAACAGCAAACGUACGAUCACAAGCACACAAGCAACUAUACCGUUAAAUGGAAAUGCAACCCAUAGCGGUAGAGGCAGUGAUGGCGGCGCCACCAGCAGAAGCCUCGUUGGCACUCCGCUGCGGGACAUUUUAAUUAAAGUUGUGCAUAUCGAUCAAUUAAUCAAUAAACGUCCUUUCGCUGCAUUUAAAAAUAAAAAUUCCAAAAAUAAUCAACAACAACAACAGCGAAACAAUUGGAAUGCGAAACGCACUUUUGACGGUGGAUUCACCGCGGACGGCGCUCGUUUCACCGGUAAUGCUGGCUCACGCAACGCGUACACAAAUGCAAAUUGGCUGUCCGAGGUGCUGCGCGACGUUGGCAAUCGUCAGAUUGUGGUGCUAAAUUUGGCAUGCGGCGCGGCGAGUCGUCGGUUGCUCGAAAUGGCAUCGAUCAAAGCAUUAUUCAACUCAACCUAUCACUGGCUGCUGAUGGAGGAUUAUACAUUUAAUCGGCGUACUGACAACGAUGACAACGUCAACAAGAGCAAUAACAACCGGAACCAUUGCAACACAACGCAUACCGAUCAGAGUAAUGAGUCAGUCGAUGACAACAAUAGCAAUGGUGAUGUUGAUGAUGAUGUAGAAAGCGCUGUCGAUAAGUUUUCCCAACGAAAGCAAAGGCAGCAGCAAGAGAAUGGGAAGGUGUCUCUGCCAGCAACGGCUUUUACCAGCACCAGUGCAGCUCUUGCUACCCGCACCGCUAUUGCUGCGCCCGCUACUGUCAAUAAUGAGGAAACGAUGGAGAUUAUUGAAAAGUAUCUGGAAAAAAUCAACAUCAACAUAAAUACUGAGUUAAUAUUGGCAAAACGGCACACACGGCGUAUACGUGACAACGUCGAUGUUGGCUGUGUUGUGAAAAGCUGUAGGACUGACAGUGAAAGCGCUACUAAUAAUACACUUCAAAGGACGGAUUACUACCAGCUCUACGAUGUUUGGAAUCCAGGACUACAAUAUGGCGGCCAAUUGAACAUUUCGGAAAUUGGAUAUUUCGCACUCGAUGAUGGUCUACAAAUUGCCCUCUGGUAUCGUAGAUCGACCACAAUUACAAGGCGAAUGAACAUGAAGAUGGCACGCAUCCGUUGCUUGAUUGUGGUGACAAACAAAAAUUUUACCGAUACUCUGGAGCAUUAUCUAACAACACCAUAUGACACGCAUUUGGACUCAAUGAAUCGCUUCAAUUUUGCUUUACUUUCCAACGUUAGGGAUUUAUAUAAUUUCAGUUUUGUCAUGUCAAAAACAGCCAGCUGGGGCUACCUGAAGAAUGGCAAAUUCGAUGGCAUGAUAGGAGCGUUGGUACGCAAACAAGCGGAUAUUGGUGGUUCGCCGAUUUUCUUUCGCAUCGAACGUGCCAAAGUGAUUGAUUACACAACACGAACUUGGGUGGCCAGACCCUGCUUCAUAUUUCGUCAUCCGCCGAGCACGAAAAAGGAUCGCAUUGUCUUUUUGCAACCCUUUUCAAAUACUGUUUGGAUUUUAUUGGGAUUAUGUGGCAUCUUUACGAUAUGCUUACUGUGGCUUCUGACAACGGUGGAGAGAAAGUUGGCUGCUGCGGGUGUUGUAAGGCAAUUAGGCAUACGCAACGACACACGCGGCAGCGUUAACAAAACCAACAACAAAAGCAAACAACAGCAAGCAAUCGGCGUUAAUGGCGAACAACAAGUACGCGACGGCUGUUCCGCAUGGAUGACGGUAAGUGAUGGUACAAUGCCAUGCGACGGCGCUUACAAGAAUGCAUUCUCAUCGCUUGGUCGUAUAACAAAAGAGCAGCAACGGAAACAAAAGCUGCAAAAGUUGGUGAAACGUGACAAAAGGGAACGGCGUCAAAAGCACGAACAAAAUAUUAGCUUCAGGCAUUGCAUGCUUGGCUGCGGCAAUGCGUGCUGCGGCCAAACCGGCACCGACGUGGCACAACAGCGCGUUGGUUUGUUCUUCGAGUCGCUGCUCUUCUAUGUGGGUUCCAUAUGUCAGCAAGGACUCACAUUUUCAACGAGUUUCUUUUCGGGUCGUUGCAUUGUUAUUACCAGUCUACUUUUCGCCUUCGCAAUCUAUCAAUUCUAUUCGGCUAGUAUUGUGGGUACUUUAUUGAUGGAGAAACCGAAGACGAUACGUACAUUGCGUGAUUUAAUACACAGUUCAUUGGCGGUGGGUGUGGAGGAUAUACCAUAUAAUCGCGACUACUUUUUGCGAACCAAAGACCCAAUAGCCAUUGAGUUAUACGCUAAGAAGGUGACCAGCGUACCGACGGACAAUGAUCCACUCUCUGACAUGGCAGGCGAGAAUGUUUCCACACUGCCGACGGUCCAACCUACUUUUCAGCUUACGGAAGCAGAAAAGGCUAAGGCAUAUCGAGAUAUUUUACAUAGCCAUGAGACGGGUGCACAUGCCAAGACAAAUGAGGCGUCCAAUUGGUACGAUCCGGAAUAUGGAGUGAAGAGAAUACGUAGAGGGAAGUUUGCUUUCCACGUUGAUGUUGCAACAGCAUAUAAAAUAAUUGCCGACACAUUUAAUGAAAAGGAAAUUUGCGAUUUAACUGAGAUUCAACUUUUUCCGCCACAAAAAAUGGUCAAUAUUGUGCAGAAGGGUUCGCCAUUACGCAAAAUAAUUACAUAUGGUUUGCGUCGUGUUACCGAAACGGGUCUAAUGGAUUAUCAGCGUAAAGUUUGGCAUUCGCCGAAGCCGCGUUGUGUUAAACAAAUCCAUACCGAUGAUUUGAGGGUCGACUUACAAACCUUUGCAUCAGCACUUUUGGUCCUUAUCUUUGGUUAUGCAGUUAGUCUACUGGCACUUAGCAUCGAGAUUAUGCAACAUAAAUUAUAUGAACGCCAUGAGCAGGAGCACGAGGAGAAGGAGGAGGAGGCUCCCGAGGAUGUUGAUGAUGAUGAGAAUGUAGAGCAGGAAUAUGAAUAAAGUUCGAAAGAUGAAUUCACAUACAUAUGUUUAUAACAAUACCUUUAUGCUUAAACGACAUACUUAACGCCAGCACACGGUUGAGGAAGGCACAAGCGGCUGAAGAAUUUACAGCCAUGCACAUUUGCAUAUUUGCAACUGAAACUCACUGCUACUUAUAUAUUCACGAGAGCUCGAAAGCAGCGAACAGGUACAACAGCAGGUGUAUGUUAUAUCAUCUCAGUUGAGUUGUAAGGUGUACGUGGCAGUAAAAUGCUACUGCAUAAACGAGUUUAUAGAAG